UAUACGUUUAGCAGAGAAUUAUCUCUGGAUGAUAUUCAUUCGCGUCGGAUGUGAUACAUUUACGCCCGCGUCUUACUCAGUAUAUUUCAUAAUACAGAGAAAAAUGCCAUUGGGUCGUACUAUAGAAAAUGAAUUGCAAAAAUAUUUUAUUUUACGGCAUCAUCUUACUCCAAUCAGCUGUUGGCAUCAGAAUUAACUUCACAACUUGUCAAAACUCAGAAUGGAAUUGUGUGAAUAACUUGCCUAAUGAAAUUGUUUAUACAUGUUCUCUCGUAAGGAGCAACAAUUUCAUAAUACACCUCAAAGAUUACUACACGGAUCACAUAAAGAGUGUAACCGUGCAAAAUUGUAGAGACAUACGAGUUGUAUUGGACUGUCCUAUAUUGCAGAGACCUUCACAAUUACAACGGUUUAAAAUAAAGGACUGUGAUCGACUCGAAUUUGUUUCUUUGUCCACUAAUUCUUUGUUACAAACUCCGCCUGAGGUUACAAUAGAGAAUGUUAGAGAAAUCGUGUCAUUUCCGAGACAAUUAUUUAAAUCUCCGAUAACGAAUACUGAAUUAAAGUGUUCAGGGUCAAGUUCACUAAAGAAAAUACGAAUAUUAAAUAGCAAAAUAAAUACAAUUAAAACGAGAGCCAUUUACAAUGUCACUGGAAUAAAAAGUAUCGAAUUUCAAAAUGUAACAAUAUCUAAUAUUGAAAAUCAGGCAAUAGAAACAAUUAUGGGCAAUGAUAAUACAGUGUUUUCAAUUAUCAGCAGUAAUAUUGAUAACGUAAACUCUAAAGGCAUAGUAAUACAGUGCGCAUCUGCUACUAUAGCUGACAAUGUGUUUGGAGAUAUAAUGGCUAAUGUAAUAAAUAUAACAUGCGAUUAUUUACGUGUUACUGGUAAUAAGUUUAAAACGAUUACAGGUCUUGUAUUUAAUUCCGCUAACAUUAAUAUAAGUAAUAACGAUAUAGACUCUCUUAAAAGCACUGCACUUGCUGCCGUCAAAUGUUCAAAGAAAAGAGCGAGGAAAAAACAGUUUAAUUUUUCAAGCAAUCGAAUUAAACAUGUAGAGCCAAAUUCACUUUUAUUUGAUUAUAAUAGUUGUAAAAGUGCAGCUGCAACUGUAAUAUUUAGUCAGAAUAAAAUAGAUUGUAAAUGUCGGAAUAUAGCAUUCUUGAACUCGGUUUCUUCAAAUCGCGAGCUAAGCAAUAUCAUUUUGGAUGUAACUUCGAAUAAUACUUGCCUACAUGUUCCAUGCCUACUUCCUGUAGAUAUCGUAAAGUUGCUACAAGAGAGCGAUAUGUGUCAACUGAGCCUCGAUAAUAAAGUUAUGUGUUUACUAUAUAAUGAUAAGCAUUCGAAGAAUAAUGAAGUAACAACUGAUGAAGAAAUCACUGUACCACCUCCAACUUUCUAUUUGAUAAGGCAAGCUAAUUUGAAUGACGGUGACGCGAGCGCACCUAUGACGGCUGUAGAUAAGGACGAUCUACUCAAAGAUAGUCAUUUGAAUAUGACAAACAGAACGACUGUUAAAAUUGUGUUCGAUUCAUCCAGAGAUUUUGUGGAAACGUUGAGAAGUACUGGUACUAAUAGAGCUAGGAAAGUAGAAGUACACGAUCCUUCUACUAAAAAUGAAUAUACCAGUCGUAAUAGAAAUACAGUGGCACACGACAAGCAGAAAGCAUUAGACUUCUACAAAUAUGUUUACGCGCAGUUAAGAUCUCCAAAACCAAAUGAAAAUAAGAAAAGGAACUGAUUAUUUUAUAAAAUUAAAUAAAUAUUGUUUAUUUACA